GUUCAAAAGUAUAUAAACAAUUUUACAAAAUAAGAACAAAAACAUUUUAUUUUAUUUUUUUUAAUUGAUCAAAUGACGGUGGUGAAAAAAAAGGCCAAACAACCAAUCUUUGCAAAUUCAGCACACAGGUAAAGGUGGAAGAUGGCGAUAAUCUCCAUGCCUGUGACGUGGUCUGCUUCUUCUCUAACACCCCCAAAUCCUCGGCGACUCAAGCGGUUUUGUUAUUCUACAAUGGCAUCUGCAAGCGUGAACAAGGCGAAUCCUUGUCUGGGAGUCAAGGUUACUGAAGGGCUCGGGAAUUUGCCUAAGAUUGUUUUGACUUCUUCUCAUGGAAGUGAGGCUGAGCUCUAUUUGUUUGGCGCUUGUGUUACAUCGUGGAAAGUGGGCGAAAAAGAUCUUCUUUUUGUUCGGCCAGAUGCUGCGUUCGAUGGAAAAAAACCAAUCAGUGGGGGAAUACCACAUUGUUUUCCACAGUUUGGACCUGGCCAAAUUCAGCAGCAUGGAUUUGCAAGGAAUAUGAACUGGUCAUUUGUCUCUGCCGAAAACACCCAAGGAAAUCCAGUCAUUACUGUAGAGCUGAAUGACGCCCCAUAUAGUCGUUCUAUGUGGGAUUUUAGUUUCCAAGCUUUGUACAAGGUCACGCUGUCUGAGAAAGCGCUGUCUACAGAACUGAGAGUUACAAAUACAGACCAGAAGCCAUUCUCUUUCACCACUGCAUUGCACAGUUACUUUCGUGGUUCCAUUGAGAGUGCAUCAGUUAGGGGCUUAAAGGGUUGUAAAACGCUAAACAAACACCCUGAUCCUAGAAAUCCACUGGCAGGUCAGGAGGAAAGGGAAUUCGUUACCUUCCCGGGCUUUGUAGAUUGCAUUUAUCUCGGCACUCCUAAUGAGCUACAACUGGACAAUGGUUUGGGUGAUACAGUCAUCAUCAAGAAUACUAAUUGGUCGGAUACUGUUUUGUGGAACCCACACCUAACGAUGGAAGCAUGUUACAAAGAUUUUGUCUGUGUUGAAAAUGCAAAGAUUGGAGAAGUAGAGUUAGAGCCGAACCAAAGCUGGACUGCCGUUCAACAUUUAAGUCUUCCUUGAAGAAGAUAUGCAGUCUUUAGCUCUUCUGCUUCAUUUGAUAAAGGUUGUCUUUUUUCUCUGGCUUUUUUCAAAACAAACUCUUAUAUAACUAUUCAGAAUUUUUAAGUGGCACAAUGCUUUUCAAGUGUAACACAUUCUAAAAC